AUGAAAGAGAACGUAUUCGAGAACAAUGUUGCGCAAUUGGCGCACUAUAUCCGCCAUAAGUGUACCAAUGUUCGCACUGAACGAGUAGAUGGCAAGGUACGUUAUAAAGAAGUUCAAAAAGCGGACUCCGAUGUCCAUGCUAACAGCAGACGGUGAUCUUUGCUCUGGCGUGCCGAGACAAUAUACAGCUCGAGAUUGUCGUUUUUUACCACCAGACGUACGCGGCCCCCUUGCUGACGUUCCGCAUCUGGCAGCUGCAAGUUUCGGACGACAUCGAGACUCGCCGUCUCGUUUUCGAUCAGACGCUGAUAGACAAGCUUGUCACCCGCAAUGGGUCACUAAGGGUCGAUCGACGCGUGGACCCUGCGAUCACGCUAGUGGACCAUCCAGUCCUGGGGAAACCGUUCUACCAGCUGCAUCCGUGUCAGAGUGCUCAGUUGUUGGAAGAUGUUGCUUUGCAGGGCCCAGAGUCGCUCGAAUUUUGGUGGAAUUUCUAUUCGUCGGUGCUGAUAUGAUUGGCCGUGAUAAAUAAAUUAUUGCUGAUUUUUAUAACUCGCCCCAGCAUGGCAUCUUCUUUCAACCAAACACGAACGCAGAUUGUUGGUGUGGAAAACCAGUUGGCUGGUCUUCUGGCAAGCUACAGCUCGUUUGCAUCCGCGCCGGGACCGGAGCCAAGUGCUGACGAGGAACAGCUCGAGCGCAAAAUCAACGACACAUUCACUAAUCUCUCGGCGUUGGUUAAGGAGCUUAAUCGGGUGGUGGACUCGCAAUCUCUCAAUAACACUAUUUCCGCAUCGAAGAUGCAGCAAUUGGCGCGUCACAGGGAGAACCUCAACCAGUGCACGGUCGAUUUCAAUCGAAUUAAGUCUACAAUCAAACAGGAACGUGAUAAAAUAAAUUUACUCUCUUUCGUUCGCACAGACAUAGAGGACCACCAGAGACGCGUCGACAGUUCCGGUGUUUCGGACGGCGAGGAUGGCUACAUGCUGAAUGAGCGUCUGCGGCUGAAUCAGCAACAUAGCGCCAUGGAUACCCUGCUGAGCCAGGUGUUCGAGACUAGAGACGAGAUCCUCAGACAGCGCAAUGUUUUGGGUAGUGUUGGGAACCGGCUUCAGCGGUCACUAAGCACGAUGCCAGGGCUGAAAGUGCUGCUUUCCAAGAUCAACACUCGCAGAAAGCGUGAUUCGCUGAUUAUCGCCGGUGUCAUGGUCACAUGCAUAAUUUUGCUGUGGUUUUUAGCAUAGCUAAGAUUGACGACGAC